CAAGCUCGAAGGUUUUUUCAGUGAUAGUGUGUGUGGGACUUAUCCUCACUCUGGCCUUUUUGCACUUAUAUGGAUAUUCAGGCACUAAUUUGCAAGUUUACGAAGGUUUUGAAACGCAGCGCAUGGCUCAUGGUGAUAUAGAAGAGCGCUUUCGAAGUCGCCGGGAGAGGUUGCAAAAAACCUGCCAAACAAGAGAGAACAAGGAAGACAUAUUUUGGUCCCUUAGGGAAUGCAUUUUAUACUUCUGGAAUUACAACGCUAGUGUUUGCACUAUGGGAAAGGUUGGCUCAGGAAACUGGCGUUCUCACGCGCAGAUAGUCAACGAAAUAAGUGGCCAUCCCAUGUAUGACGGCAGACGCCGGGAACUGUUCAGAAAACCUUGGCAGCAGAUUAUUGAGUACACUAAAUCUUUAUCCAGAUGGAUUACUGUCAGACAUCCGUUAACCCGUUUGGUGUCGUGUUACCAGGACAAGUUUCGAAAUGGUUCGGAUUUCCCUGAAAGGAAAAGAAACGUUCUGCAAGAGUUCCUGUGGCCAGCGCUCCUUAGCAAUGAUUUAGUUUUCAAGGAUCAAGAAUCGGACAUUUGGCAAGCAUUUCUAGACAAGAGGAAAAAGUCUGUCGAGAAACUCGAUCCCGAGGACGAGCGAGCGCGCUUGAGUGUGACCUUCAAGGAGUUCCUGAAUCACGUUGCCAACACGUUCGAAGAUGGCCGUAUUGACAGGCACUGGAAAACGUACGGUCUGUUAUGCUCGCCUUGCUUCUUUGAUUACGAGUACAUAGCGAGGACAGAAACACAAGACCAGGACUUGGAAUAUUUGUUUAGCAAGUUUGGUUUUCCGUCGGACCCAUACCAGGGUACUAUGAGUCCGUUCCGCUGGAAUUGAAGUUGAAAAUAUACAACAUCUACAAAGCAGACAUGGAGAUGUUCGGAUACGAUCUACCAGACGACUUCUGGAAUACACAAUGAUCUGUUGGGCUGAGAUCAGUUUUACAUUAUCACUUGAAAGCAACAUUCAGGAGAAAUAACAGAAUAUGUUAUAAG